UGCUGUGCAGAACGUAGUCCGUUUGUUCUGCGGUUGCGAGACGGUUUUUUAUUUGUUUGAUUUUCUUGCGGUUUUCCAUUUAAUAGCUUCUAAGAUUGAACCUCUGACGAAGCCUGUGCUAAGAUCUUCUAACAUAAAAAUUAUUGAAAUUUUACUAACCGACAAGCGUUAAUUUAUUGCAAAGAUGCACACAUUUAACCAUAUCAGACGAAUACGACACCUCAGCACAUUUCUCUUACUGUUGCUCUAUUUAUCACAAAUCAAAGCAUGGCGACCAUGUCCAGAACUGAGUCCAGCUUUAAGACUACCCUGCAGAUGCAAUGUCGUGCCAUUCGGUUCGACUGGACAACUUGGAGCUGUGGCAAUGGACUGUGAUCGUGUUGUCUUUCAUGGUGAGGCACCGCAACUGCCUUAUGGUGCACCGAUUGUGGCUUAUUCACAACGAUUUAGUGGUCAACAAGUUUUACCGUCACAGUAUUUUGGUACUCUGAAGCUGCCAGUUGAAGAUUUGGAUUUAUCCAACAAUCUUAUAAGACGUAUACCCGAAAAAUCAUUUUAUGGACUUAAAGAAACACUUACUGAAUUGCGUUUGGCCAAUAAUCUACUUGGUGAUAGUUUAAAUCCAAUAUUCUCAACAGCAGAAUUCCAUCCAUUAAAGAAUUUAAAAAUUCUUGAUUUAUCUGGCAAUAAAAUCAAGUCCAUUGAAGAAGGAUUGCUCAAAGGUUGCGUAGAUUUAAAGGAAUUCUAUGUGGAUCGUAACAGCCUCAGUGGAGUACCUUCAAAUUCAAUGAAUGGGCCAACGGCUCUUCGUCAUCUUUCCCUGCGGCAUAACUUUAUAACUGCCUUACGAUACGAUUCAUUUAUAGCACAGCCAGAGUUGGAAAUCAUCGAUCUACGUUAUAAUAAUAUCAAAAUUGUAGAAGGUCUUGCUUUCCAAGGACUUCGCAAAAUAAGAGAAAUCAAAUUGGCGGGAAAUCGUAUAUCGAAUUUAAAUAGCGAUGUCUUCGAAAAAAUACAAACAUUGCAAAAACUAGAUUUAUCCGAGAAUUUUAUAACACAAUUCCCAGUUGUUUCUUUAGCUGUAAUACCAAAUUUGAAGGCUCUAAAUCUGUCAUCAAAUAUGUUACAGCAUAUUGACUACAAUCAUAUGCAAGUAGUGAGAACUUUAGAGACAUUGGACUUGAGCCGUAAUGGUAUUACCACCUUGCCACCAGGCACUUUCCGUGAAUUGGCUAUGUUGAAAUUUUUGGACUUGAGUUUAAAUUCCUUAAGAACAAUUGAAGAUGAUGCACUUGAGGGCUUAGAUAGCUUACAAACGUUGAUUAUACGCGAUAACAACAUAUUGCUAGUACCAGGCAGCGCUUUAGGUCGUUUACCAAAUUUAGCUUCCUUACAUCUGGACUUUAAUCGUGUUGCUGCUUUAUCCUCCGAAAUAUUGGGUUCCAUUUUGGCCAGUGAAAUUAAAACACUCACACUGUCACGUAACGUUAUACGAGAACUGCCUGCUGGCAGUUUUCAAAUGUUUAAUAAUCUUCGUACUUUAGACCUGUCCGGCAACUCUUUAGCCAUUAUUGGUGCUGAUAUAUUCAUGGGUUUAGAAACAUCACUCAACGAAUUAAAACUUGCACAAAAUCGCUUAACCGGUUUGGGUUCUAUACCACUUGCGUUAACAGAAUUGCGAAGCCUUGAUUUAAGCGGUAACAAUUUAGCAGAAAUCUCACGAAAUAUAUUCCAAGGUUUGGAAAACUUACAAUAUCUAAACUUAAGUAACAAUCAGCAUAUAGCACCACUACCAGCAGCAUUAAUUAAACCAUUAAUGAAAUUGCAAGUCAUCGAUCUGAGUUAUUGUGGCAUAAAACAGCUCUCUGGAGAUCUCUUUGCAACAUUAAGAGAUGUAAAACACAUAUAUUUACACAACAAUAAUUUGCAAGAAAUUAACGAUGGUAGUUUUACUGAUCUGUGGAAUAUAAGUUCCAUUGAUCUAUCGAAUAAUCAAAUUACAUCCAUAAGACCAGGUGCAUUUGUUAAUGUUAUGAACCUAAAACGGCUUAAUUUGCGUGGUAAUCAACUAUCUGCAUUUAAAGGAGAAUUCUUCAACACUGGCACUGGACUUGAAGAAUUAGAUAUAUCAAACAAUCACUUAAGUUAUUUGUUUCCAUCAUCAUUCCGCAUACACCCACGUUUACGCGACAUACGUGCUGCUAAUAAUAAAUUUAGCUUCUUCCCAGCUGAACUGAUAUCAACGCUGCAGUAUCUAGAACACAUUGAUUUAUCUCAAAAUCAAUUGAAAACGAUUGAAGAAUUGGAUUUUGCACGUUUACCGCGUCUGCGUGUACUUCUGGUGGCACACAAUCAAUUGGAUAUGCUAAGCGAAAUGGCUUUCCACAAUUCUACACAGUUGCAAGUCGUUGACUUAUCUUACAAUAAUUUAGAUCGUAUAGGCGAACGCACUUUUGAGGGUCUAGUGCGUUUGGAGUUAUUAAAUCUAGAGGGUAACAAAUUAAAUGAACUUUCCGAUUCUGUUUUUGAGCGUUCAAAAUUACAAAUGCUAGAAAGUAUAAAUCUUGCAUACAAUAAAUUUGAUUAUGCACCAUUAAAUGCUUUGCAACGCCAAUACUUCUUCGUUUCUUCAGUAGAUUUAAGUCAUAAUAUGAUCAAAACCAUACCAGGGGAUGAUAGUAUUAUGGUGAAUAUCAAGCAUCUUGAUUUGUCCUACAACCCACUGUCUGAUAUAGCAGUACAUAAUAUACUAAAUGAACCGAAAACAGUACGCGAACUAAAUUUAGCAGCAACUGGCAUUGAACACUUGGAAGCGCUAGAAACUCCAUUUUUACAAUACCUCAACUUGUCUGCAAACAAAUUGCAAUCUAUUGAUCCAGAUGUGUUUCAACGUGCUACUUUACUGGAAUCAUUAGAUUUAUCUAGCAAUCAAUUAGAAAAACUAAGUGAACUGGCACCUGCAUGGUCAAACUUAAAUGUACUACAGAAUUUGGAUCUUUCAAACAAUAGUUUCGAAGUGAUAGCACAAGGUGACUUAGAAAAUUUGAAUUCACUCCAAACACUACAUCUUAAUCACCUACAAAAUUGCAACCGCAUAGAAAAAAAUGCUUUCAAGCACACACCAAAUUUGGCGAACUUGGAAGCUUUUGAUUUACCUCUGUUAGGUUAUUUGGAUCUACAAGGUAUUUUAGAGUUAUUGCCAGGCUUAGAAACCAUUGACUUAGAAGUUAAAGAUUCAACUAUAGGCACUGAACAAAUACAACCGGCCAAACAUCCACGUCUGAAAUCAAUCGGCAUACGUGGUGAUCGUCUGAAGACAAUAUCUUCAGGUAGUUUAGCAGGACUCAAAAGUAGUGAUUUAACCAUAAAACUGCAAAACACAUCACUGAAUGCUUUACCGCCAGCAUUACUGUUCCCGGUACCACGGUCAGCACAUUUAACACUUGAUAUUGAGGGUUCUAAGGUAACAGUAUUAUUACCACAAUUUCUAAAUGCACUUGAAGAUCGUCGUUCCAGUUUGCAACUGAAAGGUCUUUCUACAAAUCCAAUACAUUGCGAUUGCAAUGCUCGUGCAUUAAGGCGUUGGUUACCAAAUUCUCAUAUGCUUGAUGUAAAAUGUCACAGUCCAGCCUAUUUGGCAGGCAAAAAAUUAAUAGAAGUCGGUGAUGAUGAACUAACAUGUGAUCCACGUAAAAUGACUACAACUACACAACGUCCUACGUCUCAACAUAUGUUAAAAUCGUCAUCACGCUUGGUGACACGCACAACAACAACUGAAGAACCGAUGAUUAUUUGGAGUUUAGAACCCACACAGCCACCACCUAUGAAAAUUAAAACCAAAGCCCCACUCAUGAAAGCACCCAUCAUUAGCAAUGAUGAUACACUUAUAAUUGGAAUUGUGGGCGGUGUUGUAGCUUUCAUUGCCAUACUUAUUAUUAUCAUUUGCAUUGUGCGGCUACGCAUGAGUAAUGUAGAAUAUCAUAACGCAGGCCCACCAAUGAUAGGUAUACCGCCAUUGCCAUUAGGCCCUGGCAGCGUACCACUUAGUUACAAAGGUGCUCCCCCCGCAACUGCUCUGUAUGCUGUGCCACCUUAUGCGGCACAGAGCUACGCUACACUGCCUCAUAAAGCUGCGUCCAUACAUCAGUCCACACAAAAUCUAAAUCAACGACAGGCGCAACAGGCGCAAGCAACCUAUUCGACCAUGUCACGUAUGUCAUACUUUGGCGGCAGCCAGCAACAACAACAACAACAAUCAUCAUCACAAAACGGCAAUCAACCAUAUAUAAUAUAUGCAGACGAUAAGGCCUAUAGAUAAACUUAAGAGCAGGUUGCGACGUGCGCGUACUAGGAUUAAUCGCACUUACAGUCAGUUGCGUAACAUUUACGUGACAUUAAAAUUUAAUUAAAUAACAAAAAAUAAAUAAAUAAAAAAUUAAUUAAUAUGCACAAGACUACUUAACAAGAAGAGUUGUAAACUCUAAAAUUAAGUUAAGUACACUUAUGAUUUGAAUAUAAAAUUAGACUUCAAGAAAUUGCAAAAUACUGGAAUGUAUUGUUAUAUUAUGUCCAUUUGUAAAUAAUGUUUAAGAUUUAGUUAAUUCGUACUAAUCAUAAUAAGUUUAAAAAAUUUCGUUAUUACAAGAACGCAAUGCGAAAUUUCUAGUUUUUAUUUAAUUAUUUAUAAGUUAAUUUGUAA